UAUCUGACUUUUGAACGAUAUGUGCAUGUAGGCAAACAGACCGCCUUUGUAGUAUCGAGGUCACAGAAAUGUAGACAGACAUUACUAGUGAGGGAGCAACAAACCGUCUCACAGCACAAACCCAAAUUCAGAGCCUUUACAUUUCUGCCUUGGACAUCUCCCCCGCAAAUGUGAUGCAGUCACUCGCACAAGAAAUCAAAUCCUUCUCCAAAGCUAAUUUGCGGAAACAAUGCACCAGAGUAACGACUUUGAGCGGCAGGCGGAUUAUUGAGACAUGGAAAGGCUCUACUGUACAGGUGGUUGAAGAAACAGUACAGCCUGAAACUGCAUGUGGAUAUGUUCAGGAUAAUAACUGGGAUCUUCAAGUUGGAUAUAUUAAACCAUAUCUAUUACUUGGGUCACAAGAUGCUGCUCAUCACUUUGGUACUUUGAGGAAAUAUAAGGUCACACAUAUAUUAAAUGUUGCCUAUGGUGUGGAGAAUGCCUUUCCUGACCUGUUCAUCUAUAAAACACUGAGCAUACUGGAUCUACCUGACACUGAUAUAAUAUCACAUAUCGAGGAGUGUGCACAGUUUAUAGACCAGGCUAAAGCUGAGAAAGGAGUUGUACUUGUCCACUGCAAUUCCGGAGUUUCACGUUCUGUGUCGGUCGUCAUUGGAUAUCUGAUGUUGAAAGAAAAUCAGCCUUUUGGAGACACAUUUGCGCUGGUGAAGUCAGCUCGACCCACCUCAUGUCCAAAUCCAGGUUUCAUGGAACAGCUGAAAAACUUCAGACCACAGGAUGCUACACAAGCAAACGGUUUGGGUCAUGAUUGAACAUUAUUUUACAGCUGCAUCCACACAAUGUCAAAGAGAUAGUUCACCCCAAACUUUAAAUU